GAAUUAGAAAAAGAAAAAAAGGACUAAGGGGCGGGGAUUUGUUGGAGGCAAAAUCCCUGAAAGGGGCUAUCGGUGUUUGCAGUUAAAACUAAGGUCGCAAAAACUUGAUUACAUUUAACAGUGAAAAGGACAGAAAUACCAAGGAGAGCCAACAUGGAUGCAGGUGAAGACCAAAACACAGGCACCACCAAUGGAAAUCCUCAGACAAGCGGGAAUUCUCGUGCACCCCAGAUUGCCCACAUGUCUCUAUAUGAGAGACAGGCUGUACAGGCUCUCCAAGCACUACAAAGACAGCCAAAUGCAGCUCAGUACUUCCAGCAGCUCAUGCUGCAGCAGCAGAUCAAUAGUGCCCAACUCCACAACUUGGCCGCUGUGCAACAGGCCACGCUUGCAGCUAGUCGUCAGUCCAAUACCCCAAGUAACAGCAUGUCUCAGGCGACCACCACUGUCAACCUAAGCACCACGUCUGCGGGUGGUACCAUGACUAAUGCCCGUCCCCACGGCCCGGCCACCUCUGCAACAACAACAGCUCUCAACCAGUCAGUGUUGCUGGGUGGAAACUCUGCAGGACAGGGACAGAUGUAUCUUAGGGUCAAUCGCUCUCUCAGGGCUCCCCUAGCCUCUCAGCUCAUCUUCAUGCCUGGUGGUACAGCAACAGCUACUGUAGCAACGGUUGCCCAGACACAGCCCCAGCAGCAACAGCAGCAGCAGCAUGAAGUUGCUCCUACCACUGCCAGUGCCCAGUCUGACAAUGAUCAGGUGCAGAAUCUGGCACUACACUGCACUCCCAGAGCAGUUGCUGUCAAGUCUGAGCUUCCAGAGAGGAAAGAUGUUGCCAGCUUUCCUCUCGGUCAGCAGCAGUUUGCCCAGACAAUUCAGCAGCAGCAAGUGCAACCACAACAGCAACAACAAAUGGCCAAACCCAACUUUACUCAGCAGUCCACAGCCAACACUAUGGCCGUAAAGACUGGAAACCAGACUGCCAUGACUGUUACUCCUGCUGCUUCUGUAGCUCCUUCCUCCACCUCCUCUUCAGCACUCCCUCUCUCCCAACUCCUCCUGUCCACCUCUGCGGCCCCUGUUAUCCUGGUGCCCACCUCAAAUGUUCCUACAACCAGCCAGGGCUACCCCAUUGGCUCAGUGACCCCAAAAGCCAACAUUAACACACAGACUCUGGUGGUGCAGCCCCUACAGCAGGCCAGCACUACUGCAGACAAAGGUCCUGUGCCAAUCCAGCCCAAGACAGCUCAGGUACAGCGCUUGCCUUUCCAGAUGCCCCCUCGACACCCACCUCCCAUCCUCCCAGCACCACCUAGCAACAGCCAGGCCCCCACUGGGGGACACAACCUUCCACACAUCCCUGUGCAGCUUGUGGGAGCAAGGCAGGGCUUAGCAGGAAACGUCCAGGCUGUGGCCCUGGCACAGGCACGAAGCAGCGCUGCCCAAGAAAGUACAGCUGGUGGGAAUGUUAAUGCAGUCUUCAACAACAGUGCUGUGAUAAAGCCUGCUAUUGGCUCUCUAAAGAGAAAAUCUGACUGUGACGCACCAAAUGAGAUGGCGACAGAAUCUUCAGACUCUGCACACAUGAAGGAUUCUGCUCCUCCCUUAUCCCCUGCCCCUACAAAGAACUCUGCUCCUCCUGUAGCAGCUGCCUUCUCAUCUCCUCCCACCCUGUCUUUGCCUCUGCCCUUGUCAAGAGUCGGGCAUGGGGACAAAGACAGAGCGCCUGUUCCCCAGGCAGUGGUCAAACCUCAAGUCCUCACCCACCUCAUAGAGGGCUUUGUCAUCCAGGAGGGAGCUGAGCCCUUCCCCGUUGCUGGACUUCUCAAAGACAGAGAUUUUGCCCUUGUUGGCCGUUCAGAGAAUGGACCUCCGUUGUUAAAGUGUGAGUACUGUGGAAGCCUCGCCCCAGCUAGCCAGUUCAGAGGAUCAAAGAGGUUCUGUUCAAAUACUUGUGCUAAGAGGUAUAAUGUGAGUUGCAGCCAACACUUCAAGACAAGCAGAGGGAGAAGUGGUGCAGGCCUGGCACCACCCCCGGCACCCACUGAGAGCACUGCGAGGCGAAGGGGACCUUCUCGCAGGAGCAGUUCUAAUAUCACCUGUAAUAAAAUAUCAGGCAGACAUCUACCUGUCAAGUGCCACUCGGAGUCCAGUCGCUCGGAGGACGUAUCCAGUGACGGCGAAGAAGAGGAGGACGAUUCUCCUUCACUGUCCCCAAGCUCUUCACACUCCUGCUCGAGAGCUGGACUCAGUGCUCCUCCGUCUGACAGCUCGGCUCCUGGUAACCUCCCACUAGAGGGGGCUAACUUUCUGUCAGCAACUCCUGCUCAGUGGAGUGUGGAGGAGGUCUUCAGGUUUAUCUCUUCACUUCAAGGCUGUGAAGAGUUGGCUGCCCAGUUUCUGUCGCAGGAAAUCGAUGGGCAGGCUCUGCUGCUUCUGCGAGAGGACCAUCUCAUCUCCACCAUGAAUAUCAAGCUGGGUCCCGCUCUCAAGAUCUGUGCCUCUAUCAACACCCUGCGUGAGUGAUGCACUGCCUCAGGGGGGACACCAGGAUCAUUUUCUCAUUGAUGACUUCUCACUGGAAUCAAUACCUGGAUCUGGUCCUCUUAAAGUAAGAAGUUAAAAAGACUAACAUCUGUGGGGACAGUAAGGAUGUUUUUUUUUGUUUUGUUUUGUUUUUUACAAAACAAUGGUGCACCAUCGGUCAUGUGAAGACAUGGGGAUGGACAGUUUACUUUCUGGACAUUGAAUGUGCAAAAACACGUUUGUAUACUGUUGUGUGUGAGUGUGUGAGCGUGGACAGAAGUAUACAUGUCAGUAGUGUUUGUCAGUUUUUUUUCUGUCUCUGUGAGUAGAGCCCUGUUUGUAUGUAUAAUCUUGUGAAACUGCAAAUCUGACAACCUGCAGUAAUCAGUGCUAGGUCUUCUAGCUAGGACAGUUCACCUGUUGGGUGGGGAAAAAAGAGAGAUGUUGCCUUCUUGCUGUAUUUCAAAUGGUGCUUAUACUUUAGUGAUAUGAUUUGGAGUGACGUCAAUAAGUCCACUUCAUUUAUAUGUUAUAUAUAGGUCUUCUAGUAGUUACUUGUUAUUUUACCAUAGAUGUUAAAUCCAGGCUCCAAUCACAUCAAGCAAAGGACACUCAGAAAGCCUGGUAUUUUAAUUUGUUCAUUUACCAGUUAUUAAAAGUUUAGUUUUGUAUCUUUUCCAUUUUGUACUACAAUCAAAAUUAUUUUUUCAUGGAUAUGAUAUAGUUUUAGCAGCUUUAAUCAACUUGACUACCUGAAAAUAGGUAUUUCUCAUGGUUUGCUCUCUCAAGGGCUGAGUGGAAGUGCUCUGUGUACAUGCGAGAUGCAGUACUACCAAUAAACAAUACCUGUUACUGGA